CCUUUCCGCGAUCCGCACAUGUGCAAUGUAUUUUAUGAAAUAAUUGUGAAUUUUGACGACCUUGUAAAUUGUUUGAAUUUCCUAAUUAUACUUAGCGGUUAAGAUAAGCGUGUAUGUUGUGCUGUUGCAUCAUGUACCCUGUAAAUUCUCAUAUCUCAUAAAUUUUUCGCGAUUUGAUCGAAGUGUGUUGUUGAACGUUCAAAAAAAAAUGUAACUGUACAGCUGUGUAACUCAUCUGUCGAUCACACCCACCAUUGGAGUUUAGAUUCCUACCAUAUUUAUUAAUUUCCGCGUAACUAUCUGUGAUAUAUAAUUAUAAAAUGUCUGAGUUGAAUCCGAAACCGGCGGUGCUGAGCAGUGGCUCAUUGACAGAUGAUCCCAGAUUUAGAAUCACUCCUUAUCAGCAAAUGGCAGCAGCAUGUACCGGCGCUGUUGUUACGUCACUUCUGAUGACACCUUUGGAUGUUGUUAAAGUUAGAUUACAGGCUCAACAAAAGAGCCCAUCUGUCGUUCAUAAAUGUUUCCUGUAUUGUAAUGGACUAAUGGAUCAUAUAUGUCCGUGUCCUACCCCUUCAUCACCUCAAACAUAUUGGUAUUCUCGUGGAGGGCAAUUCUCUGGAACUCUGGUUAGGAAAUUUCAUAACAGUUGCAGCUUGAUGAAUGAAAAUUUCUAUGUUAAUUGUUUUUGUUCUUCUGUACAGGAUGCAUUCGUAAAAAUAACUCGUAAUGAGGGCAUAUCUUCGUUAUGGAGUGGACUAAGUCCUACUUUGGUUUUAGCUUUACCAGCAACAGUCAUAUAUUUCGUUACAUACGAACAACUACGAAGUAGAUUGAAAAAUUUCGCUAAUCGAUACGAGAUACAGAAAUCAUCUCAGAAUUUAAAUCUUCAAGUUUUACCUCAGCCAUUAUGGGUACCUUUGGUGGCCGGAUGCACAGCUAGAAUCUGGUCAGUUGCAAUUGUCAGCCCUCUUGAACUUAUUAGAACUAAAAUGCAAUCUGAGAAGCUAAAUUAUCUACAAACAAAUGAAGCAGUCAGGAGUUUAAUUCAUUAUCAUGGAAUUGGAGGAUUAUGGAAAGGAAUGCUACCUACAUUGUUACGAGACGUGCCUUUUUCCGGUAUUUAUUGGGUUACCUAUGAGAAAAUAAAAUCGUAUACUAAUCAAGAUGGCUCUUCAUUUGUAUUCAGUUUCAUCGGCGGAAGCAUUAGCGGAGCGAUUGCAGCUACAGUAACGACUCCAUUCGACGUUGUAAAAACCCUCUACCAAAUAAAUUUUAUCGAUAAAGAAAUAAUGACAGAACCUCCAGGUCACAGCCCAACAGUCUUAAUGACGCUAAAGAGAAUUUACGAAACCAACGGAUUACCUGGCUUGUUCUCCGGAAUUGUUCCUAGACUAAUUAAAAUUGUUCCAGCUUGUGCUAUUAUGGUAGCCAGUUUCGAGUUCGGCAAGAAUUAUUUUCAUAAUAGAAAUUUGCACAGUUAUCUCAGCAAAAAACAGAACGUGGAUAAAACAUAAGAGGUAUAAUCAUCGAGUUAAUAAUGUUCCGGUCUGAUUUGAAUGGUUAAGAGUUUGAAAUUUGGUUGAACAUCGAACGUUUAAUCCUACUUCACAUCGAGGUAUUGCCCAUCCUAUGAACGUUUGGAUGCAGAAACACGGUCGAGGAAUGGAUUUGUGAAUUUGUUUGUAGUUCGUCAGAAUAACAGACAUUAUAAUAUUAAGAGCUUCACGUGUAGCGUGCAAUAAAAAUUUUUAUUCUUGGUUA